ACUAGUCGUUGUUGUGCUUAUUGCGCACCGCGCGCAGUGAAUUUACCCGUCUCACAUGAAAUUCAAUCUAGGGUUAGUCGAAAAAAGUGCGGUCAACAUCAGCGUAAUGCCGUCUUCACCCGACCCGCCGUGCUAGUCGUUCCGACCACCAACGUUCCCCGACGUCGAGCAGCGACCGCUCGGGGCCACGAGCUCAAGAUUCGCAGCGCCAAACAGCCGAAGGACGAAACAAGGACUUGUUGUUUGAGAUCAUGUCUACCACCAAAGCAACCAGUGCAAAACCUCUUAAAGUGACUACUUCUUACAAACGAAAUGAAUUGAAACUGGUAAAGGUAGCAAUACGAAGACGCAAUCUUAAAAGUGAUAACAAUACACAACCCUUAGAAAGGAUUGUGAAGGACCCUUUCACAAUAACUUCUUUUGUGAAUGUCUCCAGUGAUCGCGUUGGGGUGAAGUUAUUUAACAAAAUCACACCCAAUACAAUUGAAAUACCGGCGGAAGCUUAUUGCAAAACCAAAACUACACCCACUGUGCGGGGUACAACGCCACCGCCAGAGCAGGAGCCAGGUCCAUCCAGACCGCGAUCAGCAAGUUGCUCUAGCGAUGAAGGACACCAGCAAGAAGACAGAUGUCGAUCAAAAAGUCGUGAGAAAUUCAAAGCAAAUGACGCGGCACAAGCAGUGAAACAAGUACCAAGUACUGAACGCAAUACACACUCUCCGUACGAGAAUGCAGAGCGCUAUGAUAAACGAAAGUCAAGGCGAUCGGGAAGUAGAUCACCAUCGUUGAGGCGGAGCCGAUAUUCUUACAGUCCCAGCCGACGUCACAGCCCAGGAAAUGGCCGACACCGCAGCAUAAGCAACAGUCCACACCAUAGAUCUCGAUCUAGAAGUAGUGAGAGGCUAAAAGCGAAUGAUGUGUCCCCGUCAGCGAAACAAAAGCGACGCACACCAGAUCGAGAUCGAGAUCGAGAGAGAUCACGAUCGCCAGUCUCAAGCACUGGACGAUACGACAGGCGGAAGUCUGGGCGCUCGGGAAGUCGGUCGCCAUCAUCGAAACGCAACCGGUAUCACAGUCCUAGCCGACGUUACAGCGCCAGAAAUGGGCGACAUCACAGCUCCAGCAUCAGCCCUCACAACAGGUCCCGAUCAAGAAGCAGUGAGAAACUGAAAACAAAUGAUCCUUCGCAACCUGGGAGACAAAAGCGCCGUACACCAGACCGCGAAAGGGAAAGAUCUCAAUCUCGUACCGGGCGUUAUGACAAACGGAAGUCUGGGCGAGCGGACUCACCUGAGUUUUAUGGCCGAGAAGCUGUACCGCCUUAUUUUGAUCCGGCUUUAAUACGUGCGCCAAUUUCGUUCUAUCCAGCCAUGCCCCCAUACUACCCACCUGGUAUGCCGCCCGCUUUCUUCAAUCAGCCAUUUUUUCCUGCACAACAUCCGGGGCCUUUUGGACCGGGAAAUUAUCAGCCACGUAAAAGGUUGCCGCUUUACAUGAAUCGGAAGAUUCAAGUUGUCACUAGCUCCGCUGGUAACACGGGUACCUUGACGAACUCGUCCAUGUCUGAAGGCGAUGCGGCGCAGUCCAACAUUGGCGUUACAUCGGAGAUUACACCUGGUACAGAAAUUGCGUAGCUACAACUAUUUUGCGAGGAGAAGUUUCUUUAGCAUAUAAUUCAUGAACAUCUAUGAAUUGGCCCAUGCUAUGUUGGGAUUUUUAGAUCGCAAAUGACAACCGUAUUUAAAGCCUUUAUUUUGUAAAUAUUUAUUUCUUAUUUAACUCGCAUAUUUUUUAUAAUGUACAUACAUAUUUAUGUAAAUUCAUACGGAUAGGUUUCAUCAAGAGCGAUUCAAAUAUUAUUAAUUGAUACACAUCAUAUUUUAUGCAACUUUAUGGCAAACAUUUUAUUAGUCAAGACGAGAAAUAAUUUGUAGUUAUAUUUCCUAUAUUUUUAGCUGAAAUUUAUUGUACCUUAUGAGGAGUUAUGCAGGGACAUGUCUGAAACAUUGCGGACCUAAGAUUGGACGUGAACACAAAGUUUCAAUUAAUUUAAAAUAUGAUAAUUAGUAUUUUGUUUGAUAAAAUAAUUGUUAUAUUAAUAAAUUAAUAAUAAGCCAAGUAAA